GCAUGUAUAUAGGUCGAGAGAGCAAUCCGAGUCUCGAGAGAGAGGGUAAAUGAAGAAGAGGAAGACGAGGGAAGGAGAGGAGGGCAUGGAGAUCGUGUGGCAGACACCAGCCAAUCCUCCUGAGCCACAAGAUUACAUCUUUCGCAACGGGAGGCGCCAUGUGCUACCAUACUACUUCGAGUUCAUCUCUCAUGUUAAAAAUCGUUGGGCCGGCAAAACCAUCGUCGAUUUGUUCUCCGAGGAGUUCAAAGGCCGACCUUAUGAUUACUAUGUUAGUGCGGUCAAAUGCGGACGGAUUCAGGUUGAUGGAGAGAUAGUGCCGGUUUCGUACAUAGUAAAACGGUCGCAAAAGAUAAGCCACUUUGUGCACAGACAUGAACCACCGGUGAUGGCUUGGGAUGUGUCUAUUCUUCAGAAAGAACCAGAUGUGCUGACUGUUUGUAAGCCAGCAUCAGUACCGGUGCAUCCCUGCGGCCAAUAUCGUAAAAACACCGUUGUUGGCAUCCUUCAAGCAGAGCAUGGCUUGGCACCUCUGUUUCCGAUUCAUCGAUUAGAUCGUCUUGUUUCAGGACUCCUUAUUUUGGCCAGAAAUGCUUCAAAGGCUGAUCUUUUUAGGCAACAAAUUGAAGCUGGGUUGGUCCAGAAACAAUAUAUUGCGAAAGUCAUUGGUGAAUUUCCAGUAGAUGAGCAAACUGUUGAUGCUAACAUAGAUUAUAAUGCUCGUGAAGGAAGAAGCACGGCAGAGGAAAAAGAUACUAGCAGUGAUACUCCUGUGAAGGGGAAGGUUGCUUGUACAAAAUUUACUCGGAUUAGUACAGAUGGAACCACCAGCAUUGUUUUGUGUGAACCAAUCACAGGUCGAACUCAUCAAAUACGUGUUCAUUUACAGUAUAUGGGGCAUCCAAUAGCCAACGAUAUGCUUUACCUUUCCAAACAUGUAACUGAUAGAUCUGCUGGAGGAACGAGUGCCGAUAGAGCAGCUUUUGAAUCACAUCAUUUUUUGAAGUCCAGUUUUCAUGAUAAGUUUCACGAAGAAUGUGAAGAGAACCCUAGAUAUGAGUUUAGUAUUGAUCCUAUGUGUACAAAUUGCCCUUACCUCGCUCCAAAAGGAUACGAUGCACAUGAGGAGGGAAUGUGGCUACAUUGUGUUAGAUACUCUGGACCUGGAUGGACCUAUGAAUGCCCAUAUCCAGAUUGGGCAUCACUUAGCUGAACAUUCUACUUUGUGUUAGAUACCUUGAAGAUUUUGUUGCUCUCCUGUUCCCAAAUUAUUUAGAUAGUUUCUAAACCAUGGUCACUGUUUCUUACUCCAGAUUCAUUGAAUACGCUGCUAGACAGCGACUAACUGUUUGCAGACAAAGGAGAAACAAGUCCUACUUUGAUUUUGUUUCAUUUUUAAUGAAAAGAUUAGCAGAUGUACUCUAUAGUUUAUGAUGGUGGAAUGUGACCGAGGGUUCAACUGUA